AUGUGGGGCGGGUCGCGCGGAAACGACGCGGUUCAGCCGUUCAACCCCGGCGGAGGUGCGCCCGCGUUCUCCGUCGGCGGCGCCAUGCAGCAGCAGCAGCAGCAGCAGCAGCCCGGGGUUGGUGGCGCGCCGAGAUUCACGAUUGGCGGUCAAGCCCCUCCUCAGCAGGCGCAGGGAGCCUACGGAGGCUACGGCCAACAGCCCGCGCAGCAGGCGCCUCAGCAGGGUGGAUUCCAGCCCCAGGGCGGAUACGGUCAGCCCCCUCCGCAGCAGCAGCCCCAGGGAGCCGCUCGCUUCAUGCCCUCGUUCCCUCGGUCGCCCCAGGCGCAGAGGAACUUCCAGGCGGGCUCGCGCGAGCAAGCCAUGCCAACCUUCGGCGCACAGGCGCAGCAGCAGCAGCAGCAGCAGUCCUUUGGUCGGCGCGGCGGCGCGCAGCGCGGCCAGAUGUUCCCGGGCCAACAGCAGGACCAGCCGCAGCCCGACCCGAACCGCGUCCCGAGAGACUCGGACCCGCGAGAGCUGCCCAAGCCGGCGGAGCGAGAUCCCAACGCGCCUCCCCCCGUGUUUCGCAUCGGCGGCGGCACAGCUGGCGACGGGUCCGACGCGAACGCCCAGUCACCGCGAAGGUUCUACAACCAGCAACAGGGCAACGCGAGCGGCGCGUCCGACGGCGCGCAGGGGAACGCGGGCGGGGGCGGCGCGCUUUCGUUCUUCAACCGCGGCAUGGCUGCGGCGGCGCAGCGCAUGGCUGCUCCCCGUCCAACCGCGUCCGGCCGCAAGACCCCGCUGCUCACGAGCGUGUCCCUGCAGUACUACUACUACUUCGGCAUCUGCUGGGACGUCACGUUCGUGCUCUUCACGUUCGCCAUCAUGAUAUGGAAGGGCAUCAAGAUGCCGUACCCAAAGUACGAUUACCAGAAGCGGGACUACGAAUCCGUGUGGUCAAUCGAGUUUGCGUUUCUCUUUGUCUUCAUCAUCUUCGAGUGGCCCAGGCUGUCGUUGCUGAACAAGGCGAACCGAGGAACGCACCACCUCACGAUGUACGCGUCCAUCCUACUCGCCGCACCCAUCGUCGCGUACCACCUGUGGGCGAUGUUCUCCGCCACCUACGUGCUGAAGAUCGACGUCUUCAUGAACGGCGUCUCACUCGCUUUUUGCGCGUUUCAGGUGUUGUUGGGGUACCUGGCGUCGACGGCGUGGCCGAGGGGUACCGGCGGCGGGUUCGGCCCGGCGAAGAGGGUGAUGGGCGGCGCGGGUUCGGGCAGCAUGCGGAGCGCGGCGGAUCCCGCGGCGGGUGCGCCGAGGUUCCAGGUGGGCGGGAGCUGA